AAAGUUCACUAGUAUGUUAACAUAACUAUCAUUUAUUUUUAGCUAAAGCAAGAAUAAUAGGUUGUUUCGUCUAUUUGUAAAAACGGUGCGCUCUGAGUAAAAAGGGGAGCGGAGUUUAAGGAUCCGCCCUAAAGCCGGUGUAUGGAAACGUGAUCUAAACGCGGCUGUGAAUCUCGUGCUCGCUCAUUCGCACUGCAGGCUCUCGCGCAGGCUUUUCUGCUCUAAGAGAGAAGCUAAGACUCUUUAAAAUCACGUUACCCUUAGGCCUCAAGGGCAAAGAGUCAUAUAUACAUCACCUACUGCCAAUAUUUAAUAUCGCUGUUAUCCCGGUGCCAUUUCAGACUUUCAGCAUGGGGAAAAAGCUCUCGACAUGGACGCUCCUAGCGGUCUUUUCUCUGCUGGUAGUGAAAGGAAUAAGUCAGGAUCUGGCCUUGGCAGGUGUGUUUGACAAAGAUGAACUAACUGCCUCACCACCUAAAGUGGACCCAGCAGGAGGAGCAGGUGAGGUGAAACCCAGUCUUAAACCUGUUAAUCCCCCAGUCCAGGAACCAACAAAGGCCAAGCCCAAACAAUCAGAUUUUGGGGACUUCGAUCUUGAAGACGCCCUGAACCCGGACAAUGAUAUCAGAGGAAAGGACAAAGACUCUGGCAAAGGCGGUACUCAGUUCUCAGACGAAGACCUUGAGGAUGUGGGCAGUGAUAACUCUUACAAACCUGACAAAGGCAAAGGUGGAAGAGGUGAAAGCAGUGGCGGAAGCAGUGACAGAAACAGUGGUGGCGAUUUGGAUCCUGCAGAUGACAGCUACAACACCAUGGCUGAGACUGGAACCAUUGCUGGUAUUGUGAGCGCUGUGGCUAUGGCUCUGGUUGGUGCAGUGAGCAGCUACAUCUCCUACCAGAAGAAGAAGUUGUGCUUCAGCAUACAGCAGAGUCUGAAUGCAGAAAUAGUGAAAGCAGAUGCCCCAGAUGCUGUAGUUGCACAGGAGCCACAAGUUCAGCAAACUCUUCUCCAGCCUCCCAAUGCUGAGCCACCAACAGAGGAGAAUGCAGUGUAAUCUGAAAUGCAUCAUCCAAACUGAAGAGGGCGCAGUUCUAAAUCGUUGUUCUCCAAUUUGAAUGCCACUUUUAUUUACCAGCGCAUUUGCACCACAAUGCCCUUUUUGAAUUACCAAUGUGACUGUUUAAAUCAACCUUAAAUAUAGUCUAAUAAUUUUUUAUUACAUGCAUAUUACAUGCACAUGCAACAAUGCAGUUAGCCUGUUUGCAAUAAUACUGCUAUGAAAUGGAAAACACCUAAUAAUUUCCGAAUGAUCUACUGAGUCCCAAGAAAAAUCAAACAGAUAAUGCGCUACAGUCUUUUUGUUUGUCAGUUUAUCCCAUCAUUCCUAUUGAGCACAAAUGCAUAUUAAUGAACAGUGAUCCAAGUGAUUAAUCCAAGGUUUACAAAACAGCUGAUUGGAUAAUCAUAGAAAUCUGAUUUUAAAGGUCAAGACUGUUUUCCUUACGCUUUCACAGCAAGACAGGCUUAACAGAUCAGUUGCUGUGGAGUCUACAGUUGAAAAAAAAGAUAAAGGAUUUGUGAAGGUUUUUUGUUGUUGUUGUUGAUGUUUUAACAUGAUCUGUAUAUAUUUGCCUUGCUUUCACAGCAGUGUGAAAAGAUUGUCAUACAUAUAUGCAGGUUUUUGUGUCUUAGUGAACUUUUUACUAGAGUGACUUUUUGAGAGAGAAAAAAAAUGACGAACAACUGAAGUCAAAAACUAACCAACAGCUGCUUCUUUCUAAUUUGCUUUAAAAUGAAACAAUGACUAAAAUGGGUUUAACUGUGAAGAUGUGUUGACGUGUGUUGAUUAAGAAGCCGUGUUGACUGCAUAUGUGUGUGUUAGUUGGAUGUCAGUGGUUGCGAUUCCUUCUUUUGAGGAAUAGUUUGAUUCGGCGAGAUCAGAAUGAGUAGAUAGAUUAGCGUGAACUAACUUGUGGGUGGAAGUAACCGAAGUUGUGUUUUCAUGUUAGCACAAUACUUAGUCUAGUAACUCUUCGUACCGCUAAUUCUGAUCCAUUGCCUUUUGUGGGGUUUUAAGGGGUUAAUGUGCUUGUAUAUUGCAUAUCGUUUUCAAGUUUGUACUCAAACUGUUGUAUCAGUGUAUCUCUAUUUACACUUGUAGCAGUAAAUGUACAUAAAUGUUUGUGCCCCCCACUCUUUUUGGAUUAUGGGGAGUAGUUUUUUCGCCCUAGCUUAGUGUUUGUACCGUUUGUAGCAUGUUUGAGCUUUAGCUUUGAGACUUUUUAGAGACCUGUUACACCCUCGCUAGUUUUGCUAUUGCCUUAAUGAGUCUCCAGGUGCUUUCCAGUUUUGCAAAUUUUCCCCACUUCAUUUGCCAAGGGUCUGGUGUUUGUGCCACAGAUCUUGACCAGAGCCCUCAUCUCUCCUGAUUUGGAAGGCCACUAUCUGAAAAUGGCAAGUUAGCAAAACCGGAUUAAAAAGCGGCUCUGUCCUUACCAUCCUCUCCCCCACUUGAGAUGCUCCAGAUUUUCCUGUAGCUGUUGUUUUUCACUGUGAAUUCAGGUGCACCUUUGUUACCCCCAACCCAAGCCCUCGCCAAUGGUGCUUUCCUUCCCAAUGCCUUACCAACAUUAGGGAAGACACGCUAGCUUACUAACACAGCACUAACAGUCACAACCGUUAGAAGGGCUGCCUCACUUGAAUGUCUACAAACUAGACGUACUAGGUUACGUACGUUGUUCCAGUUUAAAGGUGUGGUCACAUUCUCUGAAAUUUCACAGGUAAAAAUGUCCAGCGUCAAAUGCUGUUUGCUCGCGUAGAUCACUUUCAAAUCACGUGGCUUUCUGUUGA